AUGGAUAAUCAGCAGGAAAGUAUAUCUGAAGAUAUCACCGGUGAUCUGGCCGCUGCUGUGAGAAAGUCAUGGUCCGAGUCACAAGAUAAUCCAUUACUGUUAAAUUUUAAUAAUUCUCCCAUAGGUACUCCCACUGAUAGGUACUCCCCUGAACCAGCAACGAUGAUGGAAGGAAAUGCAAUGAAUCUUUCAUCACUUGCGAGAGGGUCGACACAGCAGCAGCAAAGGCUUUAUGGAUCUUCUCAAACACGCGAAAAAUCUGAUCAACAGCAGCAGGAUUAUCAGCUGUUCAAACAUCAUUAUUCUUUGGGACAGGAGACGAGAGAGUCUGUUUCAGAUAUCCUUAACGAUUUGACUCUAGGAUCUCCGGAACCAAGCGAAAGGGCAUCACCAAUAAGGCAACCAUCGGUGGAUGUUCCACCUUUAACUACAAGGCGUAGUUCUAUACAGGACGUUCAGUGGAUAAGACAUUUACUGAACCCAAGAAGUUCGUUUUCCGGCGCAUCUUCCAAUGAACCAACCAACUCUCCUGGGGAUUUUCUUAAUCAGAGCAGGGCUUGGAUAACAAUACUGCACGAUUCAUCGGCAGAAUCUUUACAGGCUGUCAUCGUAUUGGCCGAGUCAUUGAAGAAUGUCAAUUCUCAGUAUAAUCUCUGGGUAUUGCAUUCCAGUGAAGUCAACGCCUUUCAAUUGGCCCAGGUAGGAAUCAAGACGCUGAUAAUAGAUGAAUAUAUCAAUUUAUUCAUGAAUUUCGGCACUGGCUCGGGAUUUAGCGCAAGUUCGCAAUCGACCGAAACCAAGGGCGAAUUGAAUUUUAAGUGGUGCAAGCUAUUUCUUUUUUUUUCGUUAAUUGAUCGAUUCGAAUUGAUUUGCUAUUUAUCCCCUACAUGCCUGGUACUGCAAAAUAUUGAUGAGCUUCUAGAGAGCACUGAAGUAUCUGACGAGAUUGAUAACGAAACUUGUGUAUUGUUAUCGAAUAAGGUAAAUUAUAUAAAUGAAGAUCUCGUUAGCGUGAACCAAGACCAAUCUUCCGCUGAAAAUUAUGAUGACGAUCCUCAAAUUAUUAUACUGAAGCCGAACAGGGCAGUAGCAAUGUGCAUUAAGGAAUACUUUACUAUUUACGGGAACGAUUUUGAAGGUGAAAGUAAAAGGUCGAUGUUUCAUCAAAUGAACGAUUUACAGAUUAUGAAAGCAUUGUUUGGCGAUAAAUGGAGUUAUAUAGAUAGCGUUGGAUACUGUGCUGUUCCCAUAGCUAGCGUGCCAGCGAAUAGAUUGAAUUAUAAGAUAAUCGAAUUUAAAAUCCUGAAACCUUGGGAAAGACAAAACUACAUUGCUGCCGGUCAACAUCGAGAAUCUAUUAUGAACAAGUGGCUAGAUCUUUGGCGAGACUUUUUGAACCAAGCAAACUAA